AUGACUGACUUUGCAAAGCACCAUGAAGAAAUCCUAGCUGCCUUUGAUCAGAACCCGAGUCUAGGGUUAUCUGCGCUGGUGGUAGGGGGCGGAAUUGCAGGCCUCAUCUUCGCAAUUGAAGCUACACGCAAAGGCAUUGCGUGUAGAAUUAUUGAGCGCCGUCCUCACUUCGCUGAGUCUGGAGAUGCUUUUAAUUGCCAGUCAUCUGCUCUACGAACUCUGAAAAAGUGGCCAUACUUCUACGAGGCCAUGCGUGCCAGCUCCAUGGAGCCCUAUGCAUCAUAUUAUCGCUUCGAUGGGACUUUUAUCACCAGGUCUUACAUUGGCGACGACGAGGGAAACGCUUGUUGUCAACUUCAGCGAUCGGAUUUCAUGACUUUAUUGACUCGAUAUGUGGAGGUAUUGGGCAUUCCUGUCGAAUUCAAUCACAAGGUAGUUGAGUAUUUUGAGACGGAACAGUUCGGUGGCGUUCUUCUUGAUGACGAUAGAAGAUUGACAGCCGAUUUAGUCGUGGCAGCAGAUGGAAUCGGUGGCAAGUCCCACAAACUCAUUCUAGGGCGCGUUGACCGGGCAGUCAGCACAGGCUAUUCUGUGCACCGUUCUAACUUCUCCCUCGAACAUCUUGCAAAUAUGCCGAGUGUCUUGAAUGAGAUUGGCCAAAGCAAAGAUCGUGUGGCCAUCAUUGUUGGGGGUACCAACGCUCACGCCGUCAUUGCCCACAAUGAGAAGAGCAUUUGCUGGAUCAUAACACACAAGGAUGAAACCGGGAGAAAAGACUACCUCUACAAGCCUGGAGAAGCAAAGGAUGUAUUUCCAUACAUCCAUGGUUGGGCACCGUGGAUCCACGAUCUGGUAACAGCGACCCCAUCAGGCGUAACUACAGAUUGGAAAUUGAUGUGGCGAGACCCUCACCCUAACUGGGUUUCCCCCAAGGGAAAGGUUGUCCAAAUUGGUGAUGCUGCCCACGCCUUCAUACCAUCUUCAGGAUAUGGAGCCUCUAUGGCAGUGGAAGAUGGGUAUUCUCUAGCAACAUGCCUACAGCUUUCUGGGAAAGAUAACAUCGAACUUGGAGCUCGAGUCCAUAACAUACUGAGAUUCCAGAGAACAUCUUGUGCGCAAAAGUACGGCUUCAGAGCUCGUGAAAUCUAUCACAAUAUUGACUGGGACGAAGUAGCCAAGAACCCAGACAGUAUUCAUCUAUGGGGAAAAUGGAUGUGGAAGCAUGAUCCUGAACAGUAUGUCUAUGACAACUAUGAUAAGUGUGCUGAUUCUAUCACGUCUGGGAACCCAUUUGACAACACCAACUAUCCACCGGGCCAUUCCUGCAAGCCGUGGACUGUCGAGGAGUUGACCCAGGCAUCAGAGGAAGGCAAAGAGCUCGAAUAUGAUGGCGAUUGGUCUUAG